GACACUGCUGACAUUACCGGUGCGCUCCUGAGCCGCGCGAGCACCCGCCAACUCAUUGCAGCACACGUCUGUAAGCUAGCGAAGCUUACGACGCAGCGCCGCGCAUCCCUGCGCCCUCACGAGCGCCACAGUGCUUUCAAACCCACCACAAACUGUAUAGCACAAACCGCGGCGCGCCGACAACCAUGGAUCCCGCCGGCGGCCUGAAACGACAAAGGAGCAUCAGCGACGAGGCCAACGCCCAGUCGCCGGGCGCCGCGGCCUACACGGCCGACGCGCAGCCCGCGCCCUCGCUCGCGACGGCGGCGCCUUUAACACCAAGAGACCCGCCGCCGGAGCGCGAAGACUCCGAUUCGUCAGAUGACGGCCCGUCGAAACUCGAACUCCUCGCGCGGCAGUUAGAUGCAUUGAGGCAGGCUGGGGAAUUGCCUGAUCACCUCGUCGAUCCUCCCACGCCACCGCCCAUCCUCUCGUCCUUCGACGCUGAUGGGUUAGCGGCCUACAUCAAUGACGGCAACGAACGGGACAUCGUCGUCAUGGGCGGCGCCGGCAUGUCGACGGCGGCGGGCAUUCCGGACUUCAGAAGUCCAGGAACGGGCCUGUAUGACAACCUCCAGAAGUACGACCUGCCGCACCCCCAGGCCAUCUUCGAGCUCGCCUACUUCCGGGAACGGCCCGAGGCCUUCUACGCGCUGGCCAGAGAGCUGUGGCCCGGGACGUACUGUCCAACCACAACACAUUUAUUUAUAAAGCUACUGCACGACAAAGGUAGACUCCUGCGAUGCUUCACGCAGAACAUCGACUCGCUCGAAUCUGCAGCAGGGGUCCCGGCGGAGUUAACCGUAGCAGCCCACGGCAACUUCGACAGCGCGACGUGUAUCGAUACCGGUGCGUCGGUAGACCCAGCAGAGCUCAAAGCGGCCAUCGACGCCGGACCCCAAGGCUGGCAGGCGCUCCGAGAUAGAGAAGGCGGCCUCGUCAAACCCGACAUCGUGUUCUUCGGCGAAGGGCUGCCGCGGCGGUUCUUCGAGCUCGCGACGCAGGACCUACCUAGGUGUAAGCUGCUGCUGGUCAUCGGGACGUCGCUGAGCGUGCAGCCCUUCGCGCAAUUAGUUGGCCAUGUUCCUGAAAAUUGUGUCAGGUGUCUCGUGAACCGCGAUGCCGUGGGAAGAAGGGACCCGCGCAUUCCCAUCGCGGUCGCACGACAUCUCGGAUCCGGGUCUUUAGAUUAUGGGAACGCGGCGAAUUAUAGAGAUGUGGCUUUAUUGGGUGCGUGUGACGACGGCAUUCGAUCGCUCGCGGCUAGUUUGGGCUGGGCCGACGACCUGGAUCGAUUAGUAGCGUCAGCGACGGCGUUGUUCGCCGCACGGACGCCACCGCCUCCUCCGGAGUUGCCGCCGCCGCGGCAGCUCUCCGCGUCGGAGCUCGCGUCUAUUGGUGAUUUGCUCGUGGACGACGACGAGAACGCGGCGCCCGUGGUCUUCGAAUAGUGUGUAAUGGAGCAUCUUUAGGG